UUGAAGGAAUCGGCGGGAGAGUUGGGUGUGUCAGAAGACAUCUGACAUGUCAAUGCGUGUGCCUCGAAGUCAAAGACUGAGGCAUUAAUGUCCCCUGGGGUGUAAACUGUUUCAGAUACCUGCAGGAAAAUGUCGACCUCAGGAACAGACACAAAUAUUUUUGUAGAAUGUGCUAGCAGCAGUACAGAUGAAUCAAGAACACAUCCUGAGAAACAUUCCAGUGUCUCAGGUCCCAAGAUCUGUGAUAGAAGUCAGUCUUGGAAUGCUCUUGACCUGAACAACAACACUGAUGACAAUGAUGGUGAUGAUGAGGACGAUGAUACAGAACAGGAAAGGACCUCUCCCUCACCAUGUUCAUUUAUGCAAGCAUUUGUUGGACACAGAUCUGAGUAUGACAGACAAUAUUUUGAGGAGUCAUCAUAUGAUGAGGAAACAACUGCUGACUUUGAAGAUUCUUCAUCGGAUUUGGAUGUAUCACUGUACCAUACAGAUUACUCAGCAGAUGACCCAGAUAACUGGAGUGACUCAUUUGAUGAGGAAGACGUAGAAAAACGCAAAGGAUCUAAUUAUGUAUGGUCGGAGUCUGAGGAUGAAUACAGUGAGGACCACCUGACUGGCUCGAGUUCUGAUCUGGAUAACUGUCUGCUUGUUAGCAAUGAUGGUCACUGGGAUGAUGAGGACCAACUGUAUGAUUCAUCUGAUGGGUCCCCUUUAUCUGAUGUGAGCUAUCACUCAGACUGUGGCUUAGAGUUCAAUAGAACAAAUGCUGACUUUAGAGUUGAUAUACAUGAUGCAGAUAAAAUUGAUACAGUUGAUACUGAAAAGUGUUUGAUACCCAUGACCAAACCAUACCCUCCCAAUGCUACAGCUCAGCCUGGUGCCUCUGGAAAUAUACAGUCUGCUGUGAAAAAGAACAAACACAUUAGCGACCGAUCAUGGAAUAUUCUGGAUAGACUGAUAGUUGCACGAGAUGGUGCUGGUAUACUGAGAUGGUUUGAGUUAAGGGAAGUGUCACAAAGGAUGAAGGAGAGGGCUUAUCCUAUCCUGCCAGUGAAUCGUGCUGCUGUGAUUGGUAGUGUGGUCAUAUUUGACUUUCUGAUUGGGGAAGGGUUUGUCAUUGACAAGAAAUAUAACACAGUCCAUGAGUGUGGUCUACGAGGGCAGUUCAACUUUUUAAAUCACAUGAGCAAAAUUGGGAUUGAUAUCAAUCAAAGUAACAAGAAGGGAUCUACUACGCUUCAUGAGGUAGCCAGACAGUCCAAUGGUCGUGCAGAUAUGCUGAAAUUCCUAAUUUCCAGAGGUGCGAAUGUGAAUCAGAAGGACCUCAUCGGUCGCAGUGCACUGUACAUGGCAGUCAAACAUGGUUCGUCUAUGAAUGUUCUCACGCUUCUGGAGGCAGGAGCUGUCUUGAAUCGCUCCUUCAGAUAUGAGAAUGCUAACUAUGUGUCUGAUAUCAAGUCAACUCUUGGAAUGGCUAUUUGCCGCAGCUUGAAGAUGACGGUUUUGAUUUACACAGCAAAGAUUAUGGCUGGUGACUACAAGCACUGCAAGGAAUUGGUUACAGCCGUGAAGGGUAACAGUGUCAACAUUGUCCGAUUCCUGCUGAGGAAGAAUGCUCAAUGCUGCUCCAAACAGCGAAAGUCACUUCUUAGAUAUGCAGCCAAGAACCACAACAGGUCUGUGCGAGCAUCUAUGGUGGACCUCUUGUUCAGAGCUGGCUACAAUGUCAACAGUGAAGAAAAGUGCAUCAGGGCUCACGCCUUCCACGGAAAAGAUGGAAAGGCUUUGAAGAAAAAGCUGCCCUUGUACACUUCACAAACAAGGACACUACAGGACCUAUCUUGCUUCAAGAUCAGACAGAUCCUUGGAGCAUCAAUGCCAGCUACAGUUCACAAACUACCUCUGCCAGAAUGUCUGAAGAGUGUUUUACAGCUGAAGCAUUUGUGAAUAAAUCUUGGAAUCCAAUGGUCAAGAAAUCUAAAAUCUGCAGUCUUAGUUCGAAUGAAAUGAUACAAGACAUGUACUUCAAAGAUGAAAGUUGAUUGAAUCAUACACACAAGACUUUUGCUCAAGUUAUGAUUAAUAUUCUACAUUAUCUUAGUUAUAUUAUAGUUGUUAAUGUUAUCACUUUGUUGGCAGUUAUUAAUGCCAGAAUUUAAGAACCAUUUGCAAAUUACUAUUCAACCCUGACUAGAUUUACUCUGACUGAACUAACCUUUAAAUUUUAUUGUCACCAUUCCAUUGUGUGAUGUUUUGUGCGUUUGCUCCAGAGUGAUUAGAUAGAGAUAGACAAGCGGGACAAGCAAAUGAUAAACCCUGACUAUUCAUGACAUAUCCCCAUUUCUCAUUGCCUACUACAGUUAGAUGGUAAUCAUGGCAUGUUUUCCAAAAUUAC